AUGAAUAGGAACUUAGAGAACUCAAGGCUUUAUACCAUAUCCCAUAAAUCAAAAAACAUAAAAGGAGACUUCCAUUCGCUGCCACCAAAAGUUGCCCGAUUCAUCGCCGAAAAGGCUGAGCUUAUGGGCCCAAAAGGAAUUUUCAUCUGCGAUGGUAGCCAGAAAGAAUUCCAAAGCAUUGUCGAUGAUAUGGUCAAGGAUGAUGUACUCAAGCCCCUGAAGGCCUAUGAUCACAAGUGAGU